UGUGACGUCAUAAGGUUGCGCCACUACUGCGCUGUGAAUCAACUGGAGAAAGGAUAAAGUGUCCAAACGCAGAGAAAAACUCCCGCUGAAGCGACUGAUCUCCACACUGUUAUAAAGAUGGCGUUUAUUAAAGAGGAGAGUGAAGAUGUGAAGAUUGAAGAAACAUUCACAGUCAAACAGGAAGAUCUGCAGGAACAAACAGACCUAAUUGAAGAGAAUGAGGGGAGUGAAGAGGAGGAACAUCAUGUCAAAAUUGAGGAAAAAACUCAUUUACAGACUGAUGGUAUUUUGAAAAGGAGAGACAAGAAUUGUUUCACCUGCACUCAGUGUGGGAAGAGUUUUGAAAGAAAAGGCGAUCUUAAGAUUCACAUGAUGAUCCACACUGGAGAGAAACCAUUUACUUGCACUCAGUGUGGGAAGAGUUUCAGCCAGUCAUCAUCCCUUAAUAAACACAUGACGGUCCACACUGGAGACAAACCAUUUACUUGUACUCAGUGUGGGAAGAGUUUCAGCCAGUCAUCAUCCCUUAAUCAACACAUAAGGAUCCACACUGGGGAGAAACCCUUUACUUGCACUCAGUGUGGGAAGAGUUUCAGUCAAUCAUCAUCCCUUAAUAAACACAUCACAGUCCACACUGGAGAGAAACCAUUUACUUGCACUCAGUGUGGGAAGAGUUUCAGCCAGUCAUCAUCCCUUAAACUACACAUGAGGAACCACACUGGAGAGAAACCUUUCACAUGCACUCAGUGUGGGAAGAAUUUCAGCCAGUCAUCUCACCUUAAUGAACACAUGAUGACCCACACUGGAGAGAAACCAUUCCCAUGCACUCAGUGUUGGAAGAGUUUUAACUACUUAUCACACCUUAAUCAACACAUGAGGGUCCACACUGGAGAGAAACCUUUCACAUGCACUCAGUGUGGGAAGAGUUUCAGCAUAUCAUCAUCCCUUAAUCUACACAUGAGGAUCCACACUGGAGAGAAACCAUUCACAUGCACUCAGUGUGGGAAGAGUUUUAACUACUCAUCACACCUUAAUCAACACAUGAGGAUCCACACUGGAGAGAAACCAUUCACAUGCACCCAGUGUGGGAAGAGUUUCAGCAUAUCAUCAUCCCUUAAUCUACACAUGAGGAUCCACACUGGAGAGAAACCAUUCACAUGCACUCAGUGUGGGAAGAGUUUUAACCGCUCAUCAAACCUUUAUCAACAUAUUAGGAUCCACACUGGAGAGAAACCAUUUGUUUGCACUCAGUGUGGGAAGAGUUUCAGCCAAUCAUCGUCCCUUAAUAAACACAUAACGGUCCACACUGGAGAGAAACCAUUCACAUGCCCUUAAGCCGCUGUCACACUGGACUUUUUUCCCCAUAGACUUCCAUUCAUACGCAGGCAAAUGCAUCAGACCAGAAAUGCAAGUUUGCGCAUCAAGUUUCGCAGUUCACUGCCUUGCAAAGUUCAAGCUUUGUGAACUCUGACCUGCGAAAUCGCAUUACUUGACUAUGAGACCAAUCGAACAUCAAAACAUGACCUCUCUGGACAGAAAUGUAAAAUAUGGACCAAUCGCUUACUUUUUUUAAUGUCUAAUCAUCUUGUUUAAUCCUGUCCCUUUUUGCGGUGCCGUACAACAGAAUUUUAGAACUGGGUAUAUAAAAGUUGUUGUGCUAGCUACCCCAGGACGCCGUGGCUACUCAGGAGUCCUCAUGCCACCUGCCAUCUCAUUGACUCUUUAACCUUAUGGUUUUGUUUUGCAUUACUUGUCAUGUAGUUAAAGUGUUGUUGUGAUUAUAUCCUAAGUUCUUUAUCUUCAUUAUUAUCCCUAGACAUUUGUUGGUUGCUUUGAUUGUUCUAUGAGUUACAUUUUAUAAAAAAUAAUUUGCAUUCAGGCUUUUUUAUUGGCUCAUCUCUCUUUCAUGUUGUGACUCAAACAAGGGGGUCAUGUCUCCGGUUGUAUCCGAGAUCUUGUCCUUUCAGUCAUGACCAUAGGUGAGAGUAGGAACCUUGAUUGAGAACAUUACCUUUUGUCUAACAUUGUCUUUUGCUCCUUCACCACAACAAACAAUCACAUCAGCUGCAUUACUGCUGCCGCUGCACUGAUCUAUCUUUUAAUCUCACAUUCCAUUCCUCAUGAAAAAAAAAAUGCAGGUACUUGAACUCCAUUUGGGGUAAGAACUCUACUCCAAAUUGGAGAUGGCCACCUUUUUCCAGUCAAGCACGAUGGUUUCUGAAUUACAGGUGCUGUUUCUUUCUCUGCCAUCACAAUCAGCAGCAAACCGUCCCAAUUCAUGAUGAAGGUCCAUGUCCUAUGAAGCCAAAAGGACAACAUUAUUUGCAAAUGGCAGAGACAGUCCUAGCCUGCACCUUCAAUUUUGUCAGUAAAAAUUAUAUUUUUGAGAUCAGCCUCAAAAAUAACACAUUUACAAAUUUAAAUGAAUAAAUAGAUCAGGCAUGUCCAAGUUCGGUCCUGGAGGGCUGGUGUCCUGCAAAGUUUAGUUCCAACCCCAAUUAGACACACCUGGGCUAGCUAAUCAAGCUCUAAAGC